CGCCAUUUUGCGACAGUUGCUGAUUGCUCGUCUGCAGGUAAAGAGCGUGCGAUUAUGAGGGUCGUGGAGGUGGUUGGAUUCAAUAAUUGUUUCUCUCUUUCUUUGUGAAUAUCCGUUAUUUAGUCUGCAAUUGUGAAGAUUAAUAUGAUGAAUUCAUUAAGACGCAGAAAUUGUGUUUGAUGGUUUUAAUUGUUUUUUUAAAGAAACAAAAGCUACCAUUGCGUGUGUAAAAUUGUAUCAGUAUCACGUGCCGUUAGGAUCGUGAUGAACGCGCGUUAGAUUACAGCCGCUAAAAGAACUUUCCACAAUCAGCAAAGGCUUCACCAUUGAUGUGUUACCCAAUUGCACAUCAUGCCCACUUCACGAAGGCGACCUGUUGCACGUGUUAAUCAAAAAGAACUGAGAGGAUUUCGUGAUAAUACUAACCCAUUAUGGUGUGGGGCAUGCAAUAUAUUAUGUGAAAGCAAGAUCAGCUUCCAACAACAUCGACAAACAGCAAUUCAUGAAUACAACUAUGCUGUGUUUACUUUUGAGAAACACCGAAACCGCAAAAUUCAGAACAGGCAUAAAGUUAUUGUUAGGACAAAAUGUAAAAAUGAGUGGAUAGAUCCUGAUAGAACUGGAACAAUUCAAACUCAGAUUCUUCCUAGUGUUGAAACUUUUGAUUACAAAUUUGAACUGGUGAAUCAAGGUGAUAUUCCUAUUGAACUACGCAGUAUUGUCUUACUGCAUCCAUAUCCUGUAUUUCUUGUAACAGAUGAGCAUGAAGUGUACUCUAAAGGAAAUAGAGUCCGCAUUCAACCAGCAUGUUGUUACAAUGUUCAAGUUAAAUUCACAAAUCAUGGGAGAGGUACUUAUGGUGUUCCAGUAUCUUUCAAAUUCAUACGUACAAAAGAUGGUGAAGAGAAAGAUUUCGAUAUUGUGAGGGUUAUUGUCGUGAAAGUGCGAAGCAAUGAGUUCCCAGAGAUGGAGGUGGAGGAGAGCCCUUUCCGAGGAGAUGUUUGGACCAACGUGAAGUAUCGCAUAGAAGGAGUAACUGAUAAAGGGAAACCGCUAAAGUUUGACACCCCAUUUGAAAUUCCAGAGCAGUACUAUCAGCUAUUGGAACACUGGCUUCUUCCCUGGGAUGGCAUCACCCGUGAUGAUAUGAAUCUCCUUACCACUGUGUUGGAUAUUGCACUAAAAGGUUACGAAAACCUUGAUCUUGAGAAUUAUGAAUUCAUCAUGCAUAUGUUGCUCUAUCUGGAAGAAUUUGAUGCACUGUUGCACGUGAAUCGCUACAACAUGCGUGGGGUUGCAUUACAUCCUUCUAUUACUCCUGGUCGACUGGAACUGAAAGUUCCAGGGCUUGCAGAGAAACGCCCUUCUUUGCUGAAAAGAGAUCUCAUUUAUUGCCGUGUGAGGCAAGAAGAUGGUAGGACUGAAGAGGUAGAAUAUGAAGGUCAAAUUGUAGAUGUUCUUGAUGAGUCAAUUAUAAUCAGCCACUUCAAUCCAGAAUUUUACCACCGUUUCUUUUCGGGAAAUCUACAACUAGAUGUGCGAUUUUCAUUUUCACGUUAUCCAAUAAGUGUGAUGCACUGUGCAGUGCAUAAUAUUGUUGUGAAGAAAAUGGACUUCAUCAUUUUUCCAGAUAAUGUUAAAUGUUCAUCAUCACUGCUCAAAAAUGACGUGAAACUUGAAUUUGUCAGUAAAGAGGUGGAAAGUAACAGAGAACAACGUCAGGCAGUAAUUAAUAUAGUGAAGGGUGUGUGCCGUCCUGCUCCUUACAUCAUUUUUGGUCCGCCUGGAACUGGAAAGACUAUCACAAUUGUGGAGUCAAUAUUGCAGAUUAGGAAAGUGUUUCCACAGUCUCGCAUCUUGGUAUGUGCUCCUUCCAAUGCAGCUUGUGACCAUGUGGCAACUCGUCUGGUCCCUCACUUCAAGUCCACUGAACUACUUCGUUUCCAUUCGUCCAAUCGUGAAUGGUAUUUUGUGAAUUUAUUUUUAUUCUUGGUAUUUUAUUUAAUGAAAAAUUAAAAAAAACACUAUUAUCAUUAGCCCAGGCUUUCAAAAUGUUCAGAGGGGGGAGAGGGAGAUUAGAUACUUAUCUAACAGUUAUCGAAUGUCAUCAGAGGUUAGGUUAGGUUAGGUUAACUUUUCUACAUGGUCUUCAGAGGUCACCUGCACCUGGGGCUGCACACAUAAACAAAGGAUAAUGAUGAGUGGGAUAUGUCGAGGCCAUGCCCAUGUAUAUCUGGAAUCUCUUUCACAGAAUAGACAUGGGCAACUAAAGCACUUUGGUUGAAGCAAUUUAUAUAUGCUAUAUUCAUGAUGGUAAAAAGUACAAAUUAGAAUCAAUGUAUAAUAAAUGUGAAUAAUGUAUGAUUGUUUAUGUGGCAACAGGCUGUGCUGAUAUACAUUGCACAGAACUUGUACAUGUCAAUAGGUCAACUGAAUGACUAUGGAGUAAUCUGCAACCACAAGCAACUUCGCUGAAUUGUGAACAGUUUACGGAAGUACUUGUGAAGUGGCAUCUAUUUAUGUUACAUUGAGUACUGUAUGUCAAGGCUGAAAGUUCACAACUGCCUUGGUCACAUACCAAACAACAAUUUCAACUGCUGAUUUGCAAUGAACUGCUAUGUGCAGCUGCUUAUAUAUCAACUCUCUGCCUGGAAAGAAGGGAAAUCUAAGGGGAAGGGAAGAGAGAGCCACUAGGGCAGCACUCCAACAGAUGGGAAAGCAGCAAGUGGUUCCUUCAAUUGUCAUUAAUAAGAGUUCUAAAUGUAAAUUGUGUUAAAGACAUGUAACCGAAACUUGACAUAUCAUUAGUCUUUUAAUGGUAUGAAAAAUAGCUUUUGAGUAAUGCUGUUUUAAAGUUAACUUUGUAUGCAGGGGCACAGUUCCAGAAAUUCUUCACAAGUACAGCAAUCGGAAUGAGAAUACUUACUACUCUCCAACUCCAAAUGAUUUGUUGAAAUACAGAGUUGUGGUGUGCACCCUCAUUUCAGCCAAUAAACUGGGGGCCAAAGCCACUGAGCCAGGCCAGUUCUGUUUACAGAAGGUAGUUUUCACGCAUAUCUUCAUUGAUGAAUGUGGUCAAGCACCAGAGCCAGAAGCACUUGUUCCAAUUGGAGUGGCAUUAAGUCGCUUCACUGAACAUUCCCCCAGUGGAAUGGUGGUUCUUGCUGGGGACCCAUGUCAGUUGGGUCCUGUCUGUAACUCAAAGCGCUCUGAGAAUAUUGCUAUUGGAAUUUUUAAUGAGGAUGAGGUUAUUCCUGAGACUGACGCUGUAACUAAACUAAACAGACGCAUGGGACUUGGAAUUUCUCUUUUGGAGCGUCUGAUGGUGACAUGCUCUCUUUAUCAGAAGGGUGCUGAUGGUACUUAUGAUAACAGAUACAUAACUAAAUUACUCAAGAAUUUCCGUUCACAUCCAGAUAUUAUUGAUCUACCAAACAAAUUAUUUUAUUCUGGUGAACUCAUACCUGCUUGCUCAGAUGUUGUGCGCUUGGAUCCUGUUCGGCGCAAGAUUUUGCCCAAUGGCAAAGCAAAGCAGUCAUGUGCGGUUAUUUUCCAUGGAGUAAUUGGCCAAGAAAAAAGAGAAGGGCGCUCUCCAAGCUACUUCAAUUUGUAUGAAACCGAUCAGGUGAUGAAUUACAUGCACCUGCUACUUAGAACCAUAAAAGACAUCAAAGUAGAACCUUCAGAUAUAGGAAUUAUUGCUCCUUACAUUAGACAGGUCUACAAAAUAAAACAUGCUUUGAAACAACAGAAAUGGGAUGAAGUAGAGGUCGGCACAACAGAAACUUUCCAAGGCCGUGAAAAACGUGUAAUGAUAAUUUCCACAGUACGUUCUAACCGAAAUCUCUUGGAUUAUGAUUACCGCUUCCGACUUGGUUUUGUUGCUGAUCCAAAGCGAUUCAAUGUGGCAGUAACUAGAGCUCAAUCAUUACUGAUUGUUAUUGGCAAUCCUUAUCAGCUCGUCAAUGAUGCAAAUUGGAAGAAAUUAAUAGAGUUCUGUAACAACAAUGGAUCGUAUUUGGGCAGCUCCUUUAAACCACGCAAUGAGCAGUGGCGGGAUCAUGUUGUGGGAGUAGUCAAUGACCUGUCUAUUAAAGAUUAGUGAACUGAAGUCUACAUUCCUUUCUUUUUUAAGAAAAUUGAAAACAUGACCAAAGUUUACAUUCCACUCUGUGUGGAAUAUAUUUUUUUUAGAAAUGAUGUUUAAUGCAUAGUAAUAUAUUUAUAGUGAACAACCUGAAUUAUACAAAACAAAUAUGAAUAUGAGGUGCAAGUUUUAUACUUUAUGAAAGUGUCCAGGACCAUUUUCAGUAUACACAAACUGUAAUUUUGUACCAUUUUGCGUUGCUAGUAUUAAAAUUUACAAAUAACAGGAGUUGAAUACUUAAAAACAUUCUAAUUUUCCAAUUAAGAAACUGAUGAAGAUCAUUUUACAUUUUGGACAAGGCAGGAAUUGAAGUUUUCAAGCAGUUCGUUUGAACAUGUACUGUAUUUUGGAGUGAGUAAGAUCACUUUCUAGAUUGAAGAGUUAAUUGCGCAAAGAUGAAUUGGGGGAAAAUGAAACAAGUCCCAUAUCCUGUGUUUUUAUCUCUGUUUUCAAAACCUUAAUUUCUUUUAUUUAUAUUUACACUCCUCAAAAAGUGAAUUCUAUUUCCAACUAUCUGAAUCUGUAGGUUUGUAAGUUGAGAUGAAUGGAAUUAUGAUUAACAAUUUCCUACUUAAUCCUAAAUUGCACAAAUAAUACCAAUUAGCUUGUUUUGUUUCAAAAUAAUAAAAAAGUUGCUGUAGUAAUUGACAUGCUUUCAAACUAGGAGAGAAAAUUUGUUAUUGAAUAUACUGAAAUUCCAUCCAAGACACUAAAAUUCAAAGAACAAAAUGCUCAAAACUAAUUUUUAUUCCUUUUGUUGAUUGCCCAUCACUUCUCAUUAGUGAAGGGGAAAAAAGUGAAAUAAAGCUUUGGUGGUGACAGAACAGAGAACAGAAAGGAAUUUCAAAGAGUUUACAAGCUUCUUUGGUGCUGUUGUGAUUAGGAAUGGUUCAUUCUAAUGAAGUCCUCAUUAAAAAACUCUUUUCACACAGGAACAUGGUGGAUAGUUUUUAGGUAUGAUGAGCAUUACUUCACAAUUCUGUCCAGAAUUCCAUUCAGAACAAACUUAGUGUCAAGAAAUUAAUUUUAAAGUGGCUUUUGAGAAACACAAAAAUUUGAACACUGUCACUAAUUGUUGAUCGAGUUCCUUUGGUUAACACAAUACUCAAUAAAUGUUACACAGACCGUAAACCAUUAUUAUUAUUAUUAUCAUCAUCAUCAUCAUCAUCAUCAUCAU